AUGUCGUCGUCCGGCGCUCCUACCGCUCCUCCGACUUCAGUUGCGUCGUCUUUGCAGUCUUCACAUCUUCCCGCGCGAGAUGAGGGGAAGUUCGCUGAGUUGGUCGACUCGGCGUCCCGGGCUCGCGGGGUUAGCGAUGGGCAGGAGCACCCUGUCAUCGAUCUGACAACUUCCCGUGGGUUCGACCGGGAGUCCGAGCCGGCAUCUCGCACUUCUCCUCGCCGCUUGCCGAGUCCGCGUGGCGACACCACUUCGGACGCCGCCGACCUUGGUCGGUCGGACUCGGCUGGGCCGAUGAGUCUCGACUCUCUCGCUGCGCUGAUCCAUGCACAGUCCGAGCAACGCCGCAUCGAGAACGCGGACUUGGCUCGGCUGUUGUCGUUCGUGAUCACUCGUCCCGCGCCGGCGGCUGAUAGAGAGGUCCGCCGAGCUGCCCUCGAGGCGACGUCCGUCAGCGAACUCGUGAGCCUCCUUCGCGGUCAGCACCAACCUUCAAGUCAAGCUAGUGACGUCGCUGCACUGAGGGUUGAGCUGGAGUCUGCUCGGACUAUUAACGCUGACUUGACUCGGCGGCUGGAUUCACAGGCGGCUGUGAAGGCCGACCUCGAGGAACGAUUGAAGACUGUCGAGGAGGAGCGUGGCCGAUGGAAAGCCGAGUCGAAGAAGUCGUCCCCUCUCCUGACCAGCUUCCGGAAGGCGAUGGCUGAGUCUCAAACUUCCUUGAAGUCGGCCCGCAAGGGAUCUCGACCAAGCGCUUCGAGCAACUGCAGGAGUCGGCUCGGCUACUCAUUUCUGGAGACGCCCUUGGCUCAACGUUUCCCGGAGGUGAUGGACAUCCCGGCUGGAGAGACUCGUCGAGUCGAGUUGACCAUCCACCCGCGAGCGGACGGCGCUGCUGCUACUCUGUCAGCGCCCGUGAGCUUGGCUGGUUCUUUCCUUGGACAAUCAACCCGGCUGACUGGGUCUGAGGCUCCGGCCCCUCCAAGCGAGUCUCCCGCAUCAUCUGCCGCCAAUACUGUGUCGGCUGGUGCGGUUUCUACGCCCGUGUCCACUUCUGCUUCGCGCCGUCGUCGCAGCAAGUCGGUCGACCAGGUUCACCGAGCUCGGCUGGAUACUCUGACACCCGCCGAAAAAUUACUUCGCUACUCAAACCCGAAGUCAGCGACGGCGGCUGGUUCUCAGCGCAAGCCCAAGAAGCCACUCGAGCAGCCGUACGCGUGUCCACUUCCUGGUGAGACUGUCGACGAUGUGAAUGUGGAGGCCGGCGACGACGUUCACUCGCUGGAAGAGGGCCUCUCGUUCGAGUUCACCGAAGUGCCUGGUUCCGCCGAGCUUCCGAGGGGGCCCGCCGGCCCGACCGUGAGUGUGCCGCCCGUGCAACUCGUGCCUUACUCUUCCUCCCCGGUGCAGACGCUUUCAAGCGGAGUGGCUGUUGUAUCGUUGCCUGGGUCUGCUGACCUUGCUGCAACCCCGUCCGCUUUUUCGCUUCCUGCCUCCCGACUCGUGUCCGAGACUCCUGACUAUCUCGUCCUCCGGUCCGCUCGGCGUAGCUCUUCCUCUGGUUCGUCGGGCUCGGCUCUUGGAUUGAAUGCUCCUGGAACCUCAGCACAUCCGUUGUCUGUGUCCGAGAGCUCUGAAUCUGAGGCUGACGACCCUGGAUCUGCUGACGACCCUGGGUCUGCUGACGAGCUCAGUUCGGCCGACCCUGACGCAUCUCGCCGGGCUUCGUUAGCUUCUGCGCUCCCACCUCCGCACGGGAAGAUCCAGAGCUACAUGGCUGCUCGUCAAUCGCCUCUCGUUCCGUCCAGCGAGUCAGGUGACUCAGACUCACAGCCGAGUUCCAAGAAGCAGAGCGGUAAGGGCAAGCACAAGCACAAGCACAAGCACAAACACAAGUCGAAGUCGGCAGGGUCAAAGAAGUCGAAGAGGUCUGCGUCUCCGGACUCGGCUAAGGACCCCCGCCCGUCCAAGCGUCAGCGAGGUUCGACUGGAGACUCGGCCGUCGGUCCGGCUGAGGUUUCGGCCGCUUCCAGCUCGACUAACAACUCGGCUGGGAGCUCUGGCAUCCCAUCGAGCUCGGCUGUUUCGCCGUCGCCUAUUUCUGCUGGUCCAGCUUCAACCGUGUCGGUGCCUAUCGUGACCGCUCAUGACGCUGGCGCCCACGUUCUCCCUCAGUUGCCUGCAGAUUUACGCUAUUCGCUCGCUCAGCUGCGCACUCGAGCUCGCCAGGCGGUCGGCCGAGAUGCCCGGAUCACUCCCCAGCUAGCUCAGCUGCGUGACAUCCGCUUCGUUCAUUACGGGUCUCGGCGGUGCUGGGAGGCUAUCCUCAGCCAUCAAACGGCCAAGGUCACUGUGGAUGACGCGUCGGGGAAGGGUAGUGUGCCGGUUACGCUCUGUUCCCUCGCUGGGAUUAAAGCGUUCGCGGACGUCUACCAUCCGGAUCACCCGGCUCAGCGGCUCCUUCGUCUGCUUCCCAAGACUCCUAUCUUCUUCUCCCCUCAAGUCCUCGACGAUGCCAAGCGCCGGUUGACGAUCUCGGUGAAGUCGGUGGCCUUGAUGGAGCGUCUCGCAGAAGCGUUCGUGAAGAUCCGCGGAGAGGCUCCGAACUCGGUUUGUGACAAAGAGGGUCCUACCAAGUUCUUCGUAGCACUGUUCGAGCGGUGUCACUGGAUGGUCGAGUCGAGUGUGCUGAUGGGGCUACAUCCGGCUUUUCACACGGGGCUCCCGUAUCACGUGACAGCCGAGAUGUAUGACACGUGGGUGUUGUACAAGUUGCCUCACAAGCGUCGAGGCGAUGCCCUCCGAAGUCUCAUGACUAUCCUGCCCGACGACCUGUUCACUGCAGUGAUGAAGCUUCUCGGCGGGCUUGCUGCCCUGGAAAUCGACGCGGAGCUCUUCUUCGAGCCGUCGGUCCCGUUGUAUCCGCUGGUCAAUCUUGCUUGGAUUCCUGCGGGCAGAGACUGCGACGCACCCGUACAACACACGCGUAACUUGGAAUUCAUGGUUUUCGCUCCCGCUGGUGUGGAUCCGCGCCUGGUCGAGGGUGCUGUCGAUGAAGAUGUGAACCUCAACGAGCCUGCACCUCCCCAGAUUUCGUCAAGUGCCCCGACUCCGGUCAACCGUGCAGGAAUCCACAUCUUCCAAGGUUGUGAAGCUGGUGAGCUCGGCUGGGCCGCUGGCGAUGCGGAUUCGGCGUCUCCGUUGAUCGGGCCGCCUAACGUGUGCGGCCCUUCUCCCACGGCUUCCCUCUUUGGUCCGGCGUCACCUGGAUCUCCAGCUGAGUCGAGCGCAGGAUCGACUGUCCCUCUGGCUAACAACUCGGCUAUUCCGGCUUCAAGCUCAGCGGACUCGGCUGUGCAGGCUGCGGGAGCAGCGGAUAGCUCGGCCGGCUCAGCUACGGACACUGGAGGUUCGAUUGGUCUCCUCGCAGCGGCUGCUGCUACCGUCGUGUUCUCUGUCGCGCAUUCACAGGGUCCUUCGUCUCCGUAA